CUCACCUGACCUCCACUCCACCCACUGCCUCGGUCUCCACCAACAGCAAGAGCACGAUACCCUGCCGGCUCACACCCGCUGCCGGAGCACCUACGCUCGUGCGCACAGACUAGGCAGCAAUGCGUCGCCUCCACUGCACUAUCACCAUCCUACUCUCCGCCACCUGCCUCCUUCUGCACGCCAUGGCGUCGCCGGCACUGCCCGACCCGGCGUCGCUCGAGCCGUCUCUGCUCUUCCCGUCGGCCGGCGCCUCCCAGGCUCAACCCGCCGCCGCAUCCACCAUCCCGGCAUUCCCCGAGCAGUCCGAGGCCGCGGCCACCUCCUCCGUCUGCCAGCUCACUCCCUCCCCACCGCUCCUCCCGGCCGUCCUGGCCUCCUGCAACGCCGCCGGCCAUGGCGGCGGCGUCCUGCCGCCGCGGCUGCGGUGCUGUCCGGCCCUGGCCGCAUGGCUGUACGCCGCGUACGCGCCCACCUCGCUGGGAAGCGACGGCAGCAGGUGGUCGAAGCUUCCCGCCGCGGCGGCGGACGUGACGGACUUGCCGCUGCUGCCGGACGACGUGGAGGAGUGCGCGGGCGCCGCGGAGCGCGCGCUGAGGUCCGCGGGAGCGACGCUGCCGCAGACGCAGGCCGGGAGCAAUGGGACGACGUGCGACGUGCCCUUCUGCUACUGCGGGAUACGGCUUAGACGGCCGGUCUGCGCGCUGCCGGCGGGCAGGGCUGCGAGGAGGCUGGAGAGGGACUGCGCGCGGCCGGGUCUCGCCGGCUGCUCCCGGUGCCUCCGGGCGCUGAACCUGCUGGACGCCAUUGGGGAGAAGAACGGCACGUCGGCGAAGGCCAGUCAUGGGGGGAAGCCGCGUGAGCGUGACUGCCAGCUCAUGGGGCUGACAUGGCUGCUGCAGCGGAACGCCACGCGGCAUCGGGUGGCCGCCACGGCGGUCCUCCAGGCUCUCAUGGCGGCUGAGGAAGCAGGUGCUACCAUCACGCCGGCCACGUGCUCGCUCCCCGUAAACGACCUGCCUUUUGCCGUUGCAUCGUCGGAGAUCAACGGCGCCACCGGUGCGUCCCCCUUCGUAGGUCUGCUUCGCGUCCUGCUAGGUAUGUCUGCCGUCGUCUUGUCCCGGCGGUUCUGAGUAAAAUGUGGUCGUCGCUGCGCGGUCUCUUGCUAUUUCUUCGGUGUUUGCAGUUCUGUUGUUUAAUUAGUAGUUGUUCGAUUUCUUUGUGCUGGCUAGGGACUAGAGAGUGGACUUUGUUACUGUAAUUAUAUGUGCAAUCCCGGUGGGGAUGCCUAAUCUAGUGAGCUUGCAUUGCA